GCGACGCUGUCAGGCUCAUCGACUCCUAUGUUCACAUGUGUGCGACCUCUAAAUCUGAGAGUUAAGGGUUUGCAUUUCGGUUUAUAUAUGUGCGACAGAUGACAAUGUUUCUUGUGAGGAGAGCAGCGCAGACUGCGGUGCGGACCAAACACUGCAGGUGGUUUUCUGCGUCUCAGACUCACCUGAACGAGAGAAAGGGUCUGGUGCUGGGAGUGUUUGAGAAGGAGGGACAGGGCGGUGUCCAUCUGACAGAAGCAGCUGCAGGUUUUGACCAAAGCCUGUCAGGGAAACUCUCUGAACUCCUGGAAAUCUCUGGACCGGCUCUCAAGAAAGGCAAAAGCAGAAUAUUUUAUGGAAUCCACAAGGACUUCCCGUGUGUGGCGGUCGUCGGGCUCGGUAAGACCAGCGCAGGAGUCUGUGGGUCAGAGAACUGGGACACCAGCAAGGAGAACAUCAGACAGGCAGUGUCAGCUGGCUGCCGGCUGCUUCAGGACCUGGAGAUGAAGCACGUGGAGGUGGACGGCUGCGGCGAUGCCCAGUCAGCAGCAGAAGGAGCUGCUCUGGGUUUGUUCCAGUAUGACCAGCUGAAAUCCAAGAAGAAGACCAAAGUAACCACACAGCUCCAUGGAAGUGCUGAUUCGACGAGUUGGAAGAAAGGAGUCACGUAUGCAGAAGGUCAAAACCUGGCACGGCUGCUCAUGGAGGCUCCAGCCAAUCACAUCACUCCUACUGCGUUUGCCAACACCAUCGAAGAGAAACUAGCCCCGCACGCUGAACGAGUCACAGUAAAUAAGAGGUCUCAGGCGUGGAUCGAGGAGCAGCAGAUGGGAGCGUUCCUCAGUGUGUCUAGAGGCUCAGAGGAGCCCCCUGUCUUCCUGGAGCUUCAUUACAACGGUUCUCCUGACAGCAAACAGGCCCCGCUGCUCUUAGUGGGCAAGGGCAUCACCUUUGACAGUGGUGGCAUUUCUCUGAAGCCGUCUCCUUCUAUGGACGCGAUGAGAGCAGAUAUGGGAGGAGCUGCCACCGUGUGUGCUUCUAUCGUUACGGCGGCAGCUCUGAAACUGCCGGUCAACAUUAUUGGUCUGGCUCCUCUGUGUGAGAACAUGCCCAGUGGGAAAGCUACUAAACCAGGUGACGUCGUCACGGCCAAAAAUGGAAAAACAAUCCAGGUGGAUAAUACAGACGCAGAGGGCCGACUGGUUCUGGCUGACGCGCUGUGUUACGGACACACCUUCAACCCAAGAGCCAUCGUCAAUGUUGCUACGCUGACGGGUGCGAUGGAUGUCGCUCUCGGCUCAGCAGCAACUGGAGUGUUUACCAACUCCGACUGGCUCUGGGAGCAGCUGCACAAGGCUAGUGUGGUGACAGGUGACAGAGUGUGGCGGAUGCCUCUGUUUGAGCACUACACCAGACAGGUGACUGACAGCCAGCUGGCUGACCUCAACAACAUCGGCAAGUACAGCCGUUCUGGCGGUGCGUGCACAGCAGCUGCAUUCCUGAGAGAGUUUGUCACAGCUCCUCAUUGGGCCCAUCUGGACAUUGCAGGUGUGAUGAGCAACAAAGAUGAAGUUCCCUACCUGAGGAAAGGCAUGUCUGGAAGACCGACGCGUACGCUGGUGGAGUUUGCUGCCGGGUUGGCCCAAAGCGGCUGAGAGAUUAAACACAAAUAUCAGAUCGGACACAAGACAUUCUGACUGUGAGGUUCUUCUCAACAGAGAUCUUUCAACAGCCGCCAAGUAUAGAAAACUGCACAAAUGAGUAGUAUUAUCUACACAGAAAAGCUCUAAAAAUGUCCAUGACUGUGUUUUUAAAACCAAUCUGAUGGCUCUGAUGUUUAAAUACAGCUAAUGCAUCAAUGUAAGAGGUCACAUUUUCUCCACACACAUUGUUGUGAUUUCAGGUGAAUACACCUGAAGCUCUGUAAUGAAUACAUAGCUCAUGUAAAUUUAUAUGUUGUAUAAAAUAAACUCUAAAUUACUUGUGGGA